AUGUCGCGGCGGCGGUGGCGAGGCCCUCAGGGCGCUGAGGGUAGCGGGCGCGGAGCCGACAUGGGGAAGAUGGCGGCGGGCGGCGGCGGCGGCGGUUCGGGCCGAUAUUACGGCGGCGGUGGCGGCAGCGAGGGAGGGAGGGCUCCUAAGCGCCUGAAGACCGAGGGCGCGGAGCCGCCGCCUCACGGGCCCGGCGGGCCGGGGGGCGCGGGCGGCGGGGCCGGAGCGGGAGGAGCGGAGAAUUACGAGGAUCCCCACAAGACGCCGGCGUCGCCCGUGGUUCACAUCCGCGGCCUCAUCGACGGCAUCGUGGAGGCCGAUCUGGUGGAGGCCCUGCAGGAGUUCGGGCCCAUCAGCUACGUGGUGGUGAUGCCGAAGAAGCGGCAGGCUCUGGUGGAGUUCGAGGACAUCCUGGGCGCCUGCAACGCCGUCAACUACGCGGCCGACAACCAGAUCUACUUCGCGGGACACCCGGCCUUCGUCAACUACUCCACCAGCCAGAAGAUCUCCCGGCCUGGGGACAGCGAGGACGCGCGGGGCGUCAACAACGUGCUGCUCUUCACCAUCCUCAACCCCAUCUACUCCAUCACUACCGACGUGCUGUACACCAUCUGUAACCCCUGCGGGCCCGUGCAGAGGAUCGUCAUCUUCCGCAAGAACGGCGUGCAGGCCAUGGUGGAGUUCGACUCGGUGCAGAGCGCCCAGCGCGCCAAGGCCUCGCUCAACGGCGCCGACAUCUACUCGGGGUGCUGCACUCUCAAAAUAGAGUACGCCAAGCCCAGCAGGCUGAACGUGUUCAAGAACGACCAGGACACCUGGGACUACACCAACCCCAACCUGAGCGGGACAGGUAACGCAGCAGUGCCUCCCCUGGGCUCUGGGGGUCGCUCACCUGCGCCAGGUGUGCAGGGGGGGGGGGCGCCCCCAGCAGAGCUCUGGGGGGGGUUCCUGGAAUUUUGGGAAGGGAGGGGCCAUUGCUUUCUUACUUGGAAUCUGGGGGUGGGGGGUCAUUUACCUGGGG